AACUUGCUAAGACGGUGCAAGUUCUGGUCGCCCUAUAAAUCAUAAACAAAACAAGAAAAAUUUAUUAACUUCAUCUUCUAGGAAGAAUAAUACAUUAUUUUCGCAGUUUUUUUGAAAGUGAAAUAUGGAAUCUGGACUUGUUGGAUUGCGAGCUGAGCUGCAUAAAAAGCGUGAGGAGGCAAGCAAGUUUGGCGUUGGACAGAGAGGACAACCAGGGAGGGAUCGAGGGAAGCUGAUCAAGACAUCUAAAUCCUUUGAGUCAUCUAAUGCUGGAGUUAGCAGCAGAGAUGCACGAGAUAAAGAACAACUUGAAGAAGAGAGAUUAACUCAGGAUAAAGCAAGGACAAUCUUGGAGAAGAAGGCUGCAAUGUAUGAGAGGUUGCAUGGUGGGGUGGAAGCCUUGCAAGAUGAUGGACUCAACCAAAAAUAUCUCGUCGACUUUCAGAAGAAAAUUAUCAGUGAGGUUUUGGAGAAGAAGACGAAGACCUUAGAAGGAAAGAGAAGAGAAAAACAAGAGAAGACAGAAGCAGCAGAGCCUGGAAACUAUAGCACUCUGGAGGAGGAAGAGGAGUGGGUGGAAUACACAGAUGUAUUUGUUUGUUACUGGUGUUGUGAAGUUUAUUGCCUCAUUGUUGGAAGUAAGGAGCUUAACCAACUGAAAAUACUAAGUGUAAUAGUGCUCAUGACAUGCAAGAUAUUCAGGUAG